UGAUUGAGCGUCAUUCAACUAUCCUGAGUCAUCCGGUCCCAGCCUCGCUCUUGCUUCCACAACAGGACAAAGGUUCCAUGUCAUCAACACAAAGAUCACAACCACAGCCCUCCAUUCCAUAUUGUGCAUUCUCAAGACCGCUUCAUCACCAAGCUGACGCAAGAAAAGCCUACCUCUCUGUUCUAGUCAACCCGACAACGUUGGAACCUACGUCGCAGACAUAUUUUCAUCAUGGGAGGCUUAGCUUUUACAUCGGCAAAAUAUGCACUUUGCACUCCACGAAUGCCCAAAGAAGUCUAUGAAGCCACAAAAGCCUGGUGUCAAGAGAUCCUUCGCGGUCUUUACCGUCAUGUGGAAUCGCCUCUUGAUGGUCCGGGCAAAUUAGACUUUGGAGACAUCGAUAUCUUUUUGGCAUCCCCAAAACCAGAAGCCUCUACUGGUCUUUACGCGAUAAACACACUGUCUAAAGCUUUAGGAGCCGAACGUACCAUUAUUGAAAGCGGUAGAGAACACAUCAAUGUUGCAGCAAGUUUCGCUAUCCCAUGGCCCAGCGAUGAAACCAGCAAUGCUGAAGAUGCAGACAAGAAACACAUCCAAGUCGACGUCCGAGUGUGUGAAUCAGAAGAUAAGCUCCGCUGGAUGCUUUUCAAUCACGGCCACGGGGAUUUGUGGCAAAUUGUCGGGUCGCAAAUUAGAUGGUAUGGAUUGACAGUCGAUGACAGCGCCAUGUGGCUCCGAAUUCCCGAGAUAGAGGAGUCGAACAAAAGACUGGCCAAGAUCUUUCUGACUUCAGAUCCUCCCAAAGUUCUGGAUUUUCUUGGCUUGCCCAAGGAAGAAUAUUGGGACCACCCUUUCCCCUCUGCGGAAGACAUGUUUGACUAUAUUAGUUCUUGUCGGCUGAUGUAUGUCGCCCCCACUGCGCCAGAGCGUGAUGCGAAAAGCCUCAAAUCAAAUGAUCGUCGGCGUAUGAAGCAGCGGCCAAUUUUCAAAAAGUGGAUGGAUGAAUUUGUUCCAGAAUGUCGGCAACUUGGCCGAUUCUCAGAACAAAGACUUACCAGAGAGGCCGUUACUGAGGAGGCAUUCGCCGUGUUUGGCGUUGAAAAGGAAUACAAAGCCCGACGCAAAGAAUUUCUCAUAAAGCGACAAGAAGAUUUCAUUUGGAAUAGCCUGAUCAAAGAUAGUAUUCCGGCUCCCAGCCCGUCGGAUUCGAGAGCUAUUCUUCAUAAGUCGUGCAGUGUUAAAGCUCUGAAAGGUAUCAUUCUCGGGAACGGCGAGAACUACAAUUUUCCGCUUGACAAAAAGAGUCUCAAGGACUCUGACGGCUUCUACAACAUGGAUUACAUCAAGGAGUUUAUUAAAUUACACAAGGACGAUGUUGGGGAGGCAGCUCUAGUUAGACACUAUGAGAAAUGCGCGGCGCGUUUGCUUUCGAAGGAGACCAAAGAAGAGACGCAGCCAUCCUAAAUCGUGCUCGAAAGAACCCUGGGUCGGGGUUAGAUCAAGAAAGCUGGCCUUGAUGCAGAAAGCUUCCAGUUGUAUGACUUGUUCUUGAAUUAGCGCUUGGGAGGUGACAAUAUGAAGAACUCGUUCUUGGUUAGCAAUGGUCAGAUGAUAAGGAACAGGGUGUGCGAGGAAAGAGAUGUACCUUUGCGGAGGAAAUAUAUUAGGUCAUGGUAUGCUUUAUACGUUUUGAACUUUGGGCGUUUGACGUUGGUUAUCAUUAGCACAGGCAAGAACGCGCAGGCUUUGAGAAUGUCACGAGCAUGAUUUCGCCGGGAAU